CUAAUUUUAUCCUGUUUAGUCUGCCACAUGUUCGGCUGUCCUUUAAAUUUUCGUGAUAAAUUCUUGCGUGGUCAGGCAAAAUGCAACACGAUGACGUCAUCUGGAGCAUCAUCAACACGACCUUCUGUUCUUUCAAGGUGAACACCAAGGUCCACACACAACAGUUCUGCAGGAAUGAGUACAACCUGACCGGACAAUGCAAUCGUGCCUCCUGCCCUCUCGCCAACAGCCAGUAUGCCACGGUCAGAGAAGAGAAUGGUGUCUGCUACCUGUAUAUGAAGACCAUUGAGAGGGCGGCCUUUCCAGACAGGUUGUGGGAGAAGGUUCGUCUGUCCAAGAACUAUGAGAAAGCCCUCGUCCAGAUCAACAGGAAUCUCAAGUUCUGGCCGGGCUUCAUCAAGCACAAGUGCAAGCAACGCUUCACCAAGAUUACCCAGUACCUGAUUCGCAUGCGCAAGUUGGUGCUUAGGAGACAAAAAAAGAUAGUGCCCCUUGCUAGGAAAGUUGAGAGGAGGGAAUCAAGGAGAGAGGAGAAGGCCCUGAUUGCUGCUCAACUGGACAAUGCUAUCGAGAAGGAACUACUUGAUCGAUUGAAGUCCGGAACGUAUGGAGACAUUUACAACUUCCCAUCUCAUGCUUUUGAUCGAGCACUUGAUGGCGAGGAAGAAGAGGAGGAAGAGACAGAAGCAGCCGCAGAGAGAGAAGCCGCUGCCGCUGAAGAGGAGGAGGAAUUAGAAACUGAAUACGUUGCUGAUGAAGACUUCAUUGAGAGCGACCUCAGUGAUUUUGAGGACAUGGAUAAACUAAGGCCCCAGGGAUAUAACUCAUCAUCUUCAGACGACGAUGAAGAUGAAAGUGAUGAUGAACUAGAGAAGGAAAAGGCCUCUUCAUCAAAGAAGAAAGUCACGUCAAGGAGGAAACACGCCAGGGUCGAAAUAGAGUAUGAAGAGGAGUUGGAUCAACCAUCGACAUCGAAAAAGAAGCUCAAAAGUCGAUGAAGACUGAUAUUGAUUUUUUUUUGUUGUUGGAUUUUUU